UCACCACCGUUUGGUAGUGGCUUUGAGGCUUGUUGUAGCUGCUAUACAUCAAUUUGUUUUGCUUAAAAGUUUUUUUUUCCCAACCUCGUUUCAGAAAAUCGUUUCAGAAAUUUGAACCGGAAAAUUGAGAUCUCUUAUUUUACUUUAACUAGACGAAUCAAUCUUUCGAUUACCACAUCGCUUUAUUGAAUCACAGAUUAUUUUGUGCGAAUUCAACAUGGAUCAUCACAUGCCACCCGGCUACGGCCAGGAAAAUUACAUGUAUGGAGAUCCUUCUAUGUCCUACCAAGGUAAUCCUGUCGGUAUGUACGGAUCGGGGGUAAGGCCUAUGUCACCACCUCCAGGAGAUGAAGACAUUUCUGCCCAUGAACAUCUGCCGUCAGCACUUGAAGAAGUUCUAGCUUACAAGGAGUACCGAGUGAGAGAAACAGGCCACUCUGGAGAGGUUGAUAAUAUCAUUACUGAAGUCCCCGCUGAAAGUAUUGUAGAGAUUGAUCGAAAUAUAGAUGAAAAGAAAGAUGAUUUGGGUGGAGAAGACAAUGUUGAGGAAAAAACCAAAACACAAAGAAAUCAAAAGAAAAAGAAGAAGAAGAAGCGUACCAAGAGACAUCAACAGAAAGAAGAAGAAGAAAAUGAACAGAAUGAUGAUGUCGACGAAUAUCCGCAAGUUGACAUUGAGUACGUUCAGGAAGAAAUCACGUAUGACGAGAAGAACCCAUUCUAUCGUCAGUUUGCCAAAAUAUUUGAAGCAUUCAAAAUCAUAGACGAGAAAACUGCAAAGAAAGCUGAAGAAGAAGAAGCCAAGAAAAGAGAACUACAACGGAAUUUGGAACUUAAGAAAGUGCCCAAGUUUGCUGAAGAAGAAGACUUGGAGGAGAAGAAGGAAAACGCUGACGACGACAAACCAAAAGUUUCGAAAAGAAAACUUAAACAGCUUACUCGGCUCAGUGUGGCCGAUUUGAAACAGUGUGUUGCAAGACCCGACGUGGUAGAAAUGCAUGACGUCACCGCUAGAGAUCCUAAGCUGCUUGUCCUUUUAAAAGCUACAAGGAACUCUGUUCCAGUUCCCAGACAUUGGUGUGCGAAACGCAAAUAUUUACAGGGAAAACGUGGUAUAGAGAAACCACCUUUCAAUUUGCCAGAUUUUAUUAAAAAGACUGGAAUCAUGGAAAUGCGAGCUGCUCUGCAGGAAAAAGAAGAAUCGAAAACACUGAAAGCCAAAAUGCGUGAACGCGUUCGACCAAAAAUGGGGCGUGUUGAUAUUGACUACCAAAAGUUGCACGAUGCUUUCUUCAAGUGGCAAACCAAACCAAAGAUGACAAUCAUGGGUGAUUUGUACUACGAAGGCAAAGAAUUCGAGACCAGAAUGAAAGACAAAAAACCGGGAGAGUUGUCUGAUGAAUUGCGAACUGCUCUAGGAAUGCCUGUCGGCCCUAGUUCAAACAAGAUUCCCCCUCCCUGGUUGAUUGCAAUGCAAAGGUAUGGACCACCUCCAUCUUAUCCGAAUUUGAAGAUCCCGGGUCUGAACGCUCCAAUUCCAGAUGGCUCCUCCUUUGGUUACCAUGCAGGAGGCUGGGGAAAACCUCCUGUUGACGAAUUUGGGCGACCUCUGUAUGGUGAUGUAUUUGGAUUGACUGGCAGCGGAGGUGACACGAUAUUGCUCGACGAGGAGGUUGAUCGCACAUUAUGGGGUGAAUUGGAGUCUGAAGAAGAAGAGGAGGAGGUUGAAGAAAGCGAGGAAGAAGAAGGCGAGGACGAAGAAGGUGCCAUUGAUCAAUCAGGCUUGGUCACCCCGGCCGAGGGACUUGCCACACCUUCCGGAUUCUCAUCUGUACCUGCUGGUCUCGAAACACCAGACAUGAUUGAGCUGCGAAAGAAAAAGAUUGAAGCCGAAAUGGAGAGUACCGAGACGCCUCAGUUAUAUACCGUACUACCAGAAAAGCGGACAGAUAGAAUCGGUCAAGCGAUGAUGGGAUCCACCCAUGUAUAUGAUAUUGCGGCUGCUACCAGUACGCAAAAGAGUAGCGGUGGUGUGGAACUCAGUUUGGAUCCCUCGGAGUUAGAAGGUUUGGACUCUGAAUCGAUGGCCGCCCGCUACGAGCAAACAUUGCGGGAACAACAAGGCAACUUGGCUAAAGAAGAUUUCAGUGACAUGGUGGCUGAACAUGCUGCUAAACAGAAGAGCAAAAGGAAGAGGCAGCAACAGCAAACUGACACAAAACAAGCCAAAAAAUACAAGGAGUUCAAAUUUUAAUAUC